GAAAUAGCCCGUGUGUGUAUAAAUACGGGCCAAUACACGCUGCCUGAACCUUUCAACCUACCCGAAUGUACCUGUUCUCCAUAAACCAAAACAUGAAGAUCACAUUCAUAGCUGUCCUCGCAUUGGUCGCCUUGUGCCGUGCAGCCCCCUCCUGUGAGUUUUCUAGCAUCAAGGUCACGAUGACCCGAUGUUUGACCGACCAUGGCUUCACGUUGGACGAGAUCGAACACCUGAUUCCAAACGACGCCGGAGCUAUCGAUUUCAACGAAAAUGACCACAAGGCGAUGUGCUCCAAACGAUCUGAAUACAAGCAAAGUUUGACGUGUUUCAUGGAUGAAGUUGCACGCUGCCAUACUUCAGUGGGUGUUUCAAUUAAGCUAAACCUCGACCAGUCAACUAAAGCCAUGGACCAGAUGUGCGAUGACCCUCACUACAAGAUCGACUGUGUCGUCCUUCUAACCAAAAACUCGACAGAGGUGCAAAAAUGUGUGACCGAAAAUUACGAUUUCGCCACUGAGUUGCACACCAAGACGAAUCAGGAAGUCUUGUGCGCAAUCUCAAAAGUCGCGUUAGCAUGCGCGCUGGAUAUCGUCCGGAAGUGUGACGAGCAUACAGCAGACGUUAGCGUGGCCGGAUAUGCCGCGCUCGUGUCUGCCGUCUGCUCAAACACCACGGACAGUUAAAAGUUUUCUUUCGCUGCUCUUGAAUAAAUUUCAC